CCCAUGCAGCGAGGCCGUUCGUCUGAGGUGUGUUCGUGUUUCAGCGGAAUGUGUCCCCUCCAUCAGCGACGCCUAUCCUCAGAUUCAUCAGGACAGGUGACCUCAUCUCCCCUGGGCUCGCCUAUAUCCCACAGAGGAAUGCACCCCCCUUUGCUGAGCCCAGCAUCUAUGGGGCCCUCUGGCUCUCUGCACUCUCCAAUCAGCACCCUGAGUUCACCGAUGAAUGGCCUGACAUCACCGUUCUCUGUUAUUAGCUCACCCAUGGGGCCCCACUCUAUGAACUCACCUGGCAUGGGCUACGGCCCCAGUGUCAGCCCCCAGCUGAACUCUCCAAUGAACUCAGUCAGCAGCACGGAGGACAUUAAGCCCCCGUUGGGCCUCAAUGGCGUGAUGAAGGUGCCAGCUCAGCCCUCGGGUACCAUCUUGUCGCUCACUAAACACAUCUGUGCCAUUUGUGGUGAUCGCUCUUCAGGAAAACACUAUGGCGUGUACAGCUGUGAGGGUUGCAAAGGCUUCUUCAAAAGGACUGUGCGCAAGGACUUGACCUACACCUGUCGCGACAACAAAGACUGUGUUAUCGAUAAACGCCAGAGGAACCGCUGUCAGUACUGCCGCUACCAGAAGUGUUUAGCCAUGGGCAUGAAGAGAGAAGCCGUUCAGGAGGAGCGCCAGCGAGCCAAGGAAAAAUAUGAGAACGAGGUGGAGUCCACCAGCUGCGCCAACGAGGACAUGCCCGUGGAGAAGAUCCUGGAAGCUGAGGACGCGGUGGAGCCCAAAACUGAGACCUACAUCGAGAGCAACCUCGGUGCGCCGUCCAACUCGCCCAACGACCCGGUGACAAAUAUCUGUCAGGCAGCUGACAAACAGCUCUUCACCCUGGUGGAGUGGGCCAAGAGGAUCCCCCACUUCUCCGAGCUGCCGCUGGACGACCAGGUCAUCCUGUUACGAGCAGGUUGGAAUGAACUCCUCAUUGCAUCAUUUUCACAUCGUUCGAUUGCUGUAAAGGACGGGAUUCUGUUGGCGACGGGGCUGCACGUCCACCGCAACAGCGCCCACAGCGCAGGAGUGGGAGCCAUCUUUGACAGAGUGCUCACAGAACUGGUGUCAAAGAUGAGAGACAUGCAGAUGGACAAGACUGAACUGGGGUGCCUUCGAGCCAUCGUUCUUUUCAACCCAGAUUCUAAAGGUUUGUCCAACCCAGGUGAAGUGGAGGCCCUGAGAGAAAAGGUCUACGCGUCUUUAGAGGCCUACUGCAAACAGAAAUACCCUGAACAGCCGGGCAGGUUUGCCAAGCUGUUGCUCCGGUUACCAGCACUGCGCUCCAUCGGACUCAAGUGUCUGGAGCACCUGUUCUUCUUCAAGCUGAUCGGUGACACGCCCAUCGACACCUUCCUCAUGGAGAUGCUAGAAGCCCCUCAUCAAAUGACACAAUAGCAGUAAAUCCUCCUAAAUCCCGCCUGGCCACCACCCAUCCAGCUUCCUUCCUG